AUGGGACCCAAACUAUUUACAGCGAAUUUCGACAGUGUUUGGAUUUUGGAAAUCAUCCAAAUUCCCAAUCCCAAAUUGCCUUUAUUAUCAUUCAUAAAAGUGAAAAAUUCCUUAGCCAAAUUGGAUUCCACUCUUAAAGAAUUAGAUAGAUUGGCUGAAGAACACAAUGUGACCAAAAUUGUGUUAAGUAAAAAUUACGAAAAGAAUAAUAUAGAAAUACGGUUAAAUCAUAAUGAAAAUAACCAAGCAUUCAUAGACAGUGCCAAAAAAUUUAAUCCGAUUAUACUUCAUAACAAAGAAUUUUUCGAUAGUGGUGAAAAAGAUUUUAAACCGUUGAAUAAGAAAGAAGUAAGAUUUAACUCGUUUGAUUCGGCUAAUCCGUUUGCUUCAAGACCUAUAGAAAAAGAGGUUCAUACGCAACCCAGAAGAAUAGACAUUCCAAUUCUUGCCGGAGAAGGCAUACAUACUUUUAAAAUUAAAUAUCAUAACACACCUGAUGAGAAAGGACUUGUUUCUUUUUAUCAUCUAUCAUGGGAUAGGGUGGGGCCGCCGACAAGACUUGAAGAAGAUGAUUAUAUUGGGCCAAUGGUUUUCCAAGAUUUUGAAGAUGGUAACGAUAGGGGAUUUAUCUUGAAAAAUACUAAAAAAAUCGCUUCCCCGGCCAUAAGGAUAAACGAUUCAGAUUUUGAGGUAUAUCAUAUUCUCGGUUCGUUUGAUAUAGAUGAGUCAUACAUAGGAGCUUGG